AUGCCGCCAAAAAGCAGUGAGGGCCCUCAGCCGGAAAGUACCAGCUCUGCCGGUCCUAGUGCUGUGCAUGAUUUCUUUACAGUUCCAGCCCCCAUCAAACGUCUUUUCGACCGCUUUCCGUUGACCACGUAUCCCCCAACGACCUACCGCUGCGGUCUCCGUCCCGACGGCACGAGAACCAGUUAUAUGUCUUUAGCGACGCAAAGGGCGCGCGCCAUGGUCGACCUUCAUUUAACCCUCAAUGUCUCAAAUGGCAGGUACGAGAUCUGCCCAGCACGGUCACGAAGCAGCUAUACUGAUCUCACGCAGGCCUACCUGAAAUUCGUCGGAAUCGACUUUGAGGUCACCCCCUCCAACAAUCAUGCAUCGCCCACCGGCGCCUUGCCCUUUCUCCUUCCCGCUCUCCCCGCAGGCGCACCCGGUCCCAUCCCCUCGCACAAGCUCCAGAAGUGGGCCAUUGAACAAGUCCACUGUGAAGAGGAGCAACAACUAAACCUCCGCUUUGAAGUCUACGCAUCGCUGCUGGACCAUCGGUUACGUAAUGCUUGGUUAUACAUGUUAUAUCUCGACAACGACAACUUCGAGGCCGUCGCACGCCGACUCUACGUGGUUCCAGCUACAACAAAUACCAUCGUCCGCACCGCGCUAGGUAUCCAACUUCAACAAGCAGCCCGCGACGAGCUUCUCAAGACAUCAAAAUACAUUGAUGCGGCCGAUCUGGAAGGCGACGCAAAAAGCGCAUUCGAGGCUCUGUCCGCCCUGCUUGGAGAGGACGAGCACUUCUUCGGUCGAUCCAAGCCAGGUCUCUUUGAUGCCAGCGCAUUCGCCUACACACAUCUGAUCCUGGACGAGGGCAUGGGGUGGAAGCAGAACCGCCUGGCACAGUUACUCCGAGAAAACCCCAAUCUUGUACAACACCGGGAAAGACUGCUGCAGUUUUUCUAA